UGGCGGAUUGUUGACGCCUGCGGCUGCUGCGGUGGCUACGGGGCCGUUGGGGAGGGGCCCCUGGGGGAGGGAGACGGCGCAGUGACAAGUACCGCCGAGGGUGCUGCUGAGGCUACGAUGGCAGAGGGGCCCGAGGAAGCCCGCGGCCGCCCUCCCGGGCAGGACGAUGGCGGAGGGGACCACGAGCCGCUUCCUUCCCUCAGAGGCCCUCCUGCCGCCGCUGCCCCGUGCCCCCGGGCCGGGCCCCAGGUUGAACUCCAGGCCCCGGGCCGGCCCCCGACCCCCAGCCUUGCCACCUCCACCGAGGACUCGGAGCCGGCGCGUGAGCUCCGGAAGCGCGGGGAGGCGGCCUCCGGCUCUGAUGCGGGGCUGCAGGAGCCGGCGAGCUGCGAGGAGCCCGGGACCGCGGCGCCGCGGGAGAGGCCACCGCGCCUGAGCGCUCGCGAGUACUCGCGGCAGGUGCACGAGUGGCUGUGGCAGUCGUACUGCGGCUACCUCACUUGGCACAGCGGCCUGGCCACCUUCCCCGCCUACUGCAGCCCCCACCCGCCCCCACCGACCUACCCCCCGGCCGGCGCUGCGGUCCCCCAGGUCGCUGUGCCGCCGCCCCCCCAGCUGGCCUAUUACAACCCCUUCUACUUCCUGAGCGCCGGGGCCGCGGGACCUGACCCCGGGGCUGCUGCGGGCAUCGCCGCUCCUGCUGCAGUCUCAGGCCUGGGUCCCCGAGCCCCUCACGUUCAGGGAUCAGUCCGGGCCGCUCCGGUAACAAGAGUAGGAUCUGCAGUCCCUUCGCGAACCCCGAGCGACACCGGGCGGCAAGCAGGCAGAGAGUAUGUGAUUCCAUCCUUGGCUCACAGAUUUAUGGCAGAGAUGGUGGAUUUCUUUAUUCUCUUCUUUAUAAAAGCAACCAUUGUCUUAAGUAUUAUGCACCUCAGUGGAAUAAAGGAUAUAUCUAAGUUUGCUAUGCAUUAUAUAAUAGAAGAAAUAGAUGAAGACACAUCAAUGGAAGACUUGCAGAAAAUGAUGGUUGUGGCUCUUAUCUACAGAUUACUAGUUUGCUUCUAUGAGAUAAUUUGCAUUUGGGGAGCAGGUGGAGCUACCCCAGGGAAGUUCCUGCUAGGGCUUCGAGUUGUGACAUGUGAUACUUCAGUGCUUAUUGCACCAAGUCGAGUUUUAGUGAUUCCUUCCUCAAAUGUCAGCAUUACAACGUCCACUAUACGAGCUUUGAUCAAGAAUUUUUCUAUUGCUUCUUUUUUUCCUGCUUUCAUCACACUACUGUUCUUUCAGCAUAAUCGAACAGCUUAUGACAUUGUAGCAGGAACCAUUGUGGUAAAAAGAAAUGGGGUCAGAUGAUGCUCAAAAAGCCCUGAAUUCCACAUUCUAUGGAAUAAUGACAAGACUAAAUUAUGUAUCAAGGCCAUCAGUAUCCCUGGGUUGCAUUAAUUGAUGAUUUAGAAAUUAAAGCAAUCACUAUAGUGUGAUGCAGGUGACUAUUCUGAAAGUAUUGAUUUUACUUGAAUGCCAAAGAACUUUUCCAGAAGAAAAACCUGUUAAAUUCAAGUGUUAAAAUUUUUAGAUCAAAAAGAAGGCAUGUGGUUUUAUAAUCAACAAUGGACAACAUAUACUUUCUUAAGAUCUAAGGCAUUAGAAUUUGUUGAAGGCAUUUUCAGCUUUGAAAUCUCCAAAUGAAACUUUAAAAUUUUAUUUUGGUUUAUCCCAAAAUAAUGGAAAAUAUCCAGUUGUGUUUUGUAAACACCCAUAGGAUUCAUCUUUUAGUUUACACUAAAUCUAAGUGGGGAAUCAUCUUUAUUUUUGGAGGGGAGAGAAGGGGACACAAAUUGGAUAACUGAAUUAUCUCCCAUCCCAGGAGGGAGAGAAAGCUGCAAGAGAAAGGGACAAGUGAGGCAGGCCUAGCAGUCCCCUUACCUUAAGUUUUCCAAUAUGUACUGCAGCUCACUGCAGUCAUGAUGUCACUUUACAACUAUUCGUAAUGCUUAAGUAUGUAUUCAGGGGCAGGUUUGUCAUGAUGAUGAAAAAGUAUUAAGUCAUAUUACUAUAUUAUCAUUGACUCUUUUAAAGAAAAAGUAAGUUAGUGAUUGCUUUUAAGGGAGGGAAAAGGUAAAUUUUCAUUGUAAAUUUAACUUACAAUUCAUGUGCAAGUGUUUUCAGUGCCCUAAAUCAAAGUAUGUGGAAAAAUUUUACUUCCAUCACACUGUUGCAUAUUUACUGUAAAACAGUACUCCCAGUAUGUGUGCAGCAUGAAGAAAGUAUUAGUGCUUUUCAGUGUUCUUAAUGUAACUUCUAUUUAUAUACAGCAUAUUCACAUACUACUUUUCUUUUAUAUAGUUCCUUAACUGUUGUAACAUCAAGGAGUUAAUAAAAAAUCUUAAUAUUUAAUGAUUAAAUACUAGUAGCUUGUGAAAUAUUAUAAAUUUUCCCAUUAUGGACUGUUUUCUUGAAAGAAUAUCAUUUCCAGACAUAUUAUUCUAGGUUCUUUAAGCUCAUUUGGGGCCUAACAGGGAUGAAGUUUGGGGAUAAUGUUAAAGUUAGUAUUUUAUGUAUUGCCAUCUCUGUUCUUCUGUUGAAACAAAAUAUUCUGUUGCAUGUUCUGGGUUUUAUGUGUGGAGCUUAUGUUAGAUGUCAUAAACGUGUUGAAGUAUACCUACACUAUUUAUAUUUAAGUUUUAUUGGGUCUUAGGCAUUUUCUACAGAUCCAGUAUUAUUUUCAAAACAAACACUAAACUCUAUUGCAUAGUUCAAAAUUAGAUUAAUAAGGGAUCAGUCUAGGCAUUGUUCUUUGUCUUAAAAUUUAAUGGCAAAUGCAAGAUGUAUCAAUUGAUGUUAACGCUGUUAUCAAUUUUUAAAAUGGAUUUCUUUGACAUUUAAAACAAUGAAAAUAGAUUAUCACAUUUAAUGUAUAUAGAACCUUUAACAAUGUUCUUAAUAAUUUAUUAUAAAAUUGCAUAAACCAUGUUUUUCAAAAUAAUUUUAUAUUAAAUCCAACUUCAUAAAAGCCCUAUUAGUUUAGUAUGUCAGUGUACUAACGGAUCAUUCGCUUGUUCUUUCUGGGAAGAUCUAAUGUUAUGGCCCUUCACAGUUUAAAAAAAAAACUUACAUGAAGUUAGCACCUCAGUGGUGUAUAUACGCUACUUUUGCCGCUGGUUGGGGAAUUCAAGUUGAAAUGUCCUUUAGUCAUGUAGUUCUAAGAGUAUAUCUUUGAUUUCUAAUUUCUGGUCAGAUAAUUGAAUGAUUUGCCAUCUAAGUUAUUUUCAUGUAUGCAGUAAAACAAAAGCAAACAAGUGAUCCAGUUUAAUUUGUUAUACUUAAAAUAUUGCACAUGUGCUAUAUAUGAAUAAUUCAGAGUAACAGCUCCAUAGGUUCAUUUGGAUGCAAGGAUGGAUUCAAGUUACAAAGUAUUACUGUCUUCCUUUACAGCAAAACUCAAGUCUUUCUAUUCAUGAAGUUAGCACUUUGAGAAAGAGAUUUUGAUUCCCAGAGUUGGGGAAAAAAAAGAUGAACAACAGAGAAGAGGGAACCAGGUUGUAGCAUCACAUUUUUCUCUUGGGUUGUCAGGUUGAGUCUCCUUUUCAGAACACUUUUCUAUUUAGUAUAUUUCACUAAAUAGAAUAUUCACAAUCAGUAUAAAAAUACUGAUUUUCUGUGUCAAAGUACACUUUUAGUGAAGCUCAAGCCUAAAAAUGCAAAGCGAAAUUCUCAUAGUGCAAACAUUAUUAAUGACUUUAAGUAACAAAGAAACAAAAAUUAGGAUUCAAGGUGAGUGAGAAUACUAUUUCAUUGAGUAUGCCCUUAGUUCAACCACAGAACUGGCAGUUGAUUCAGGCAUCCAGGAAAUCUCAUAAUCCAUCACUAAAGUAAUUCUGAGAGGCUAGCACACCUUGAGAAAAGUCUGGCAUUAUGACUGAUGUUCAUGGUGGAGCCAGCAGCCAGACCCUAUGUAGGUAAAUGUGAGUAGAUGGCAGGCCCUGCUUUUUUAAACUCUUUGAUUAUAAAAUAAAACCAACACUUUGGGAUAGUAAGCUUUCGCUUGUCAGUGUUGUAAAAGUAUUGCUCUACUAAUACUUCCCUACCACUGUUUCAGUAGUUACUUGUUUGCAUCUAAACAUUUACCUCCUGAUUUCACAUGAGUAUUUAGGAUUGAAAAAAAAAAUGCAUUAGAGUUGAAGGCUUUUUCCAGAUUACCUAAUGAGUGUUCAUUGUUUGAAGCAAUAGUAAAAAGGUUUGUCCAAUGACUUGUAUGUCUUAUUUUAUGAAUAUUUCUAGCAAAGGGAAGGUAGAAAGGAGUUGAAAAUUAUACUACUUGUGAAUAAAGGACUUUUUGAGGUGGAUAAGGCUAUUAAUGUUUUCAUUCUCCACUUGUCCCCAUUUAAACAGGCUGUUUCUUUGAAGAAUAUGCUUACAUAAUAGUAUUCCCAAAAUGUGAUGAGCACCAUUUCAGUUACUUGCAUUCUCUCCACCCCCAGUACCAAAGGCCAAAGUCUUUGUAACAUGCUUGCCUGGGUAAAAGUUCAUUUCAAACUGUGUGUGUAUGUAUUUCCUUGAAGUUCAUUACAGUAUAGUUUCACCUGCAAACAGUACCUGAUGGAUGGUGCACGUAUAAAUAAAACUUGGCAUUCUAUUUUUAAUAAUUUGUAUGCCAUCCAUUUGUAUUCUUUGUUUCAAUAAAUAGUCACCUAUGCA